UGUUUGGGUUGGGGGUCUGUGGAGCAAGUGCAUCUGCACCUUCCCCAAACUCCACAAUGGCAAGGCUCGUCGGAGGGCUUCGGCUUUUCGUGGUGGUUUUCGUGUGUGCAUCUGUGAUCAUGUGCGUCUUUCACAUCUUCGUGGUGUGCGUUUGGGUCCUCCUGGGCUUCUGACCCGCGCCAUGUGUGCCCGGGACUCCAGCCCUAAGUGUCUUACUGUGUUUUGUGAGCGUUUUGUAUUCUGGGUGCGUACGAGGGCUUUCGCUCGCCUGGCUUGGUUCCUGAGACUUGCGCUAAGCGGGCCUGUGCGAGCGCCGCCACCUCCGCCUCCAGCCGCGUGCUGUCCUGUGUGCGGACCGCGUGCCCAUCGUGCGCAGAAGCCCAGCGCAGCCCCCGGAGCAGCCCCUGCACCGCCACCGCUACCCGGACCACGACCCAGGCCGCCCCGAGAUGAUCGCGACCGGAGCCCUCCUGCGCGUCCUCUUGCUCCUGCUGGCUUUCGGCCACAGCACCUAUGGGGCUGAGUGCGACCCAGCCUGUGACCCUCAGCAUGGAUUCUGUGAGGCUGACAAUGUCUGCAGGUGUGAGCCUGGCUGGGAGGGCCCCCUGUGUGAGAAGUGCGUAACCUCCCCUGGCUGUGUUAAUGGACUCUGCGAAGAACCAUGGCAGUGUUUCUGCAAGGAAGGCUGGGACGGGAAAUUCUGCGAAAUAGAUAUUCGGGCUUGCACCUCAACCCCCUGUGCCAACAAUGGGACUUGCGUGGACCUCGAGAAAGGCCAGUACGAAUGCUCCUGCACCCCUGGAUUCUCUGGAAAGGACUGUCAGCACAAGGCUGGGCCCUGCGUGAUCAAUGGUUCUCCCUGCCAGCACGGAGGCGCCUGCGUGGAUGAUGAGGGCCGGGCCUCGCAUGCUUCCUGCCUGUGCCCCCCUGGCUUCUCGGGCAACUUCUGUGAGAUCGUGACCAACAGCUGUACCCCUAACCCAUGCGAGAACGAUGGCGUCUGCACCGACAUCGGGGGUGACUUCCGUUGCCGCUGCCCAGCUGGAUUCGUCGACAAGACCUGCAGCCGUCCGGUGAGCAACUGCGCCAGUGGCCCGUGCCUGAACGGGGGCACCUGCCUCCAGCACACCCAGGUGAGCUUCGAGUGUCUGUGCAAGCCCCCGUUCAUGGGUCCCACAUGCGCGAAGAAGCGCGGGACCAGCCCCGUGCAGGUCACCCACCUACCCAGCGGCUACGGGCUCACCUACCGCCUGACCCCCGGGGUGCACGAGCUACCUGUCCAGCAGCCCGAGCACCACAUCCUGAAGGUGUCCAUGAAAGAGCUCAACAAGAGUGCCCCUCUCCUCACCGAGGGACAGGCCAUCUGCUUCACCAUCCUGGGCGUGCUCACCAGCCUGGUUGUGCUGGGCACCGUGGCCAUCGUCUUUCUCAACAAGUGCGAGGCCUGGGUGUCCAACCUGCGCUACAACCACAUGCUUCGCAAGAAGAAGAACCUGCUGUUGCAGUACAACAGCGGCGAGGAGCUGGCGGUCAAUAUCAUCUUCCCGGAGAAGAUCGACAUGACCACCUUCAACAAGGAGGCUGGUGAUGAGGAUAUCUAAGCAGCGUGUCCCCUCCCCCUCCCCCAGGCCCUUCUACAUUAUCGGGGUUCCUCACAGCUCCCUCUAAGCGCUCUAUGCUUCUUUGUGGUGGAGUUCGCUCUUGUGUGGAAUCUAGUGAACGCUACGCUUACAUUUAUUGUCUCGUGUUGCUGUGUGACAAGCUGCCGCUAAGAACCCCUCCCUCCCUCCCUCCCUCCCUCCCUCCCUCCCUAUUAAUGCAUGAUAUAAUGAAUAAUAAUAAGAAUUUCAUCUCUAAAUGAGUUAAAGAAAUAAGUAUGUUAUUCUAAACUCUAUCGAAUAUCAAAUAUAAAAUCAAAAAGACCAAAAAAAAACAUGGCAACAGUACCAGGGCUUGGUGCUGAGGUCCCUCUCCCAGGGGAGGGGUGUCAGCCACCAGGUCCUCGUGAAACCACAAGAGUCCUGUGCUUGACCACUCACUGUGAAAAGGGCUAAACUCUUUCGUUCGUUAAUUCUCACGCACACACGCACACUCACUUACAUCAAGUCUCACACCGCAACCCUUAGAUCUUUCCAAUUGAUUUGUGACUUUGCUGCGUGCGGUGGCUGUGUGCCAGGCAGAGAGACCCCAGGUGGCUGUUGGCAGAGAGGUCGGGGGACCUAGUCCCAACCCUGCUGCUCACUCGCCUUGAGACCCUUGGCGAGAGCCCCCCCUCCAACCCUGGGCCACUUCCCCACCCCUCCCCAUAAGGGAGGGGUGCAAACACCCAAACACCAAGGUCUUCUCUAGCUCCCAAAUUCAGAAUUAGGAACGAGGGAUGUGUAGCAAAAUUCUUCCUGACUUCGGUAGUAGGAUCUGAUGGAGACUUGGUCUCAUCCUGGGAUCCGAAAGGUUUUGGCCUAUCCUGGCUGUGCACUUGAUAUUGAGGUCGAUCCCGAUAGCGUUUCUCAAAAUGGGGAGCCUCCUGGCUCACAUCCAGUUUGGGAACAAUUGGCCCCUUUAGGUCAAAAUGUGCCAUUUGGAGUUGCCUCUUGAGCAACCCACUCUCCGCCCCAAGACUUCACCCCCAGGCCCCCCAGACCCCACCCCAUACUUGCCCCUCACCCUGUAGAGUAGAGAUGUGCUUUCAGACUUAAGUGUACCUUGAACCACAAGUGCCCCCCCGGCAAACACUGAGUGAGCAGUGCAGCCCCCACCAAGGUUUUCACGAGCUUUAGUGAAAACUACUGCUUGUGGAGUGUUUUUCUUGUUCUGUGGCCCAAGUGGGAAAGCACCUGGCCGCAGUCAUGGAUGUACCUUUGUGUGGCUGAGGUUAGGACCCUCAGAUCCCGGGACACCUAGCCAGCUUCUUAACUAGGAUUUUGACUUAUUUUUUAAAAGAGCAUCUAUCUUUUUUUGCAAAACAAAACAAACCGACAAUGACAGAAAAAAAAAAAAGUAGAAAGAAACGGGAGAGAGCCCUGUGUAGCUUCCCAGCUCUCGUUUGGGGUCUGGAUGCUACACAGUCCUUGGGUCCCCCGUUAGGAAUAUUUUGCUUCCUGGAUUAUUUGGGCAGGAACCUAUACCCUAAGCUUUAAAUGUGAGCCUGUUUACCUUGCUCUGAGUACUUGCUUGCAAGUCAUUGUCACCGUUGUCGUUCAAAUCAUGAUCACAGCACACACUUCAUGGUCAUCAACCAUUGGUCAUCCGCGUCUCCGUUGUCACACAUGAUCGACCCAAUCACCCCUCCAACCUCUACCCCAGGUUCAUUUCAUCCAAAGCCCUGACUCAAAGAAUCUCUCCCCAGCCAUAAGUCAUUCAUUACCUUCAGCCCGACCCCCUUCCAGCCCCACCCUGAAAUCCCUCCCCCUUUGGCCCCAACCUCAUUCUGAUGAGGGUGUGUCCCAGCUCCCCAAUCCCCACCACAUCCCUGCCUCCUAGCUCCUCCUCUUCCCCUCAGUCCCUCCCUCCAGGCCCCUCCCUCCCUCCAAGACCCUCUCCUGCCUCCAAUCAGCCCCCAUCCUGAGGCAAACCAGCUCCAUCAUGACGUCAUUAUCCCAUCUCAUUUUGAGUUCGUUUUAAGAAAUAAAAUCUAAAAAAAAA